AUGAAAGAUCAUACCAUUUCUUUGAAGUCUUUAAAUAAUAGAACUAUGACAUCAAUGAAGACUAGGACCAGAGAUAUUUCACAUCUUACUGAUAGUCAGAAUAGUGCUCGCUUUUAGGAACAUAUUAAAUAGAAAUAGUUAUUAGGUGAACUUCAUUUAUAAUAAUAUGUAUAACAAUAGAGAAUUAGAAAAUAAAAUCAAGCUUAUCUUAGUAAUCAAUUGAGAGUUAAGACAGAAGAGAAAUUAGAUUCCCCUCCAGAAUAAUUUAAUGAUAAUUAAAUAUUACCUAUUUUAGAACAAAUAUCAGAACUUAAUUUUGAACAAAUCAUCUAAGGAUUGUAUAAAGAUGAUGAUCGUAGUCAUAUUUUAGAAUCUCUUAAAUAAUCAUUAUUUAAAGCAAUUAAUUGCACUCCUACUUUGGUUUCUCUCAAAUAGUAAUCAAGUAGUUUUUUUUCUACCUAACCUACUGGUAGAAGAGAUGCUAUUAUGCUUAAAUAAUGGUUUAUGAACUUUAUGGAAUCAAUUCAGUAUUCAAACUAAGAUUUUAAAUAUAAAUUAAUAUCUUUAUCUGAAGCACUUCAUUUAUGUCUUCUAGAAAUUAUCAGAUAAAUAUCAUAUCAAUGUGCUGAAAGAGGAUAAUUAUUGCAUUCCUUAAUCAAAGGUUAUAUUUUAGUAUUUCAUAAACAUUUUAUGAUAAAUGAAUAAGAAAAAAGAAUUUUAAAAUAUUAAUUAAUUGAGAAGGAUAUUGAUGAGACCAAGAAAAAAGAGGAAAUAGAAAUUCGUUCAUAAAUUCACAUUAAUUAAUUGAAAUAGGAAUUAGAGGUAUUGAAGUAGAAGGAAAAUAUGAUCAAUUCAGAACGUAUUAGUUAUUAAUAAACAAUUAAUAAAUUAUAAAAUAAAAUCAAUUUAUAAUAGACGAUAUAAAAAAGUGCAGCCAAUAUGAUUGGUAAUUUGUAGAGAGAAAUUGAUUAAUUAAAACAUUAAUUAUCAAAAAAGAAUUAACAUAAAUAUUCUUCAUUAAAUAAGUCAGAUGAUGUUAUAGAAGAAUAAGAUUUAUCAUUAUCUUAAGUACUUAAAGAAUUGAAUCAAUAAAAUAAAUUUGAACAAAUUUAAGAUGUAAUUGUUAAGGAUGCAAUAGAAGUAUUACCUAUUGUAUGUCAUAGUAUUGGUAUUUAAACAUUUUAGAAAUGUUUGUGUGUUAUAGAGACAUAAACAGAUCUACAAUUAAUGUCUCCUUAAUAUGAUAAGUUUUUAUCUACUUAAGAAAUAGAAAAUACAUUUAGAGAAUUUGAACUUAAAUAAUAAUUAGAAUAGUAGAGUUGGUUGGAUGGUUUAUGUGAUUAAAUGAAUAUGCAUCCAGAUGAACCUUCUAUUCAUGAUUAUGAGAGUAGAGGUAUUACUAAAAUUGAUAGAAUAUAUGAAGUGCCAGAAUAUGAUGAAGGUUCACCUAAUAUGUUAAGUAGAAGAAAAUAAGAUAUUAUUUUGGAGAAAAAAUAACAGAGUGAUAAAUCAGAGACAUCUGAAAAGUUAAUCAAAGAAUUAGAUAAAUUUAAUUCAGAAAAACUAUUAAAUGUUAAAUUAGUAGUACAACAACCAUCUAGUUCUAAUAAUACUUAAUAGAAUUCAUAAUAAUCAUCAUAAAAAUUAAUUAAAUUAUCACCUUAAGCCAAUUCUUAAAUAAAUCAAAUUAAUGCAUGUAAAACUGAUACAACUAAAUCUAAUCAAAAAUAAUAAGCUCCUAUUUAGUAAUAGUAAUAGACAUCAGCUAACAAUUAAAGAUAUUUCCCAUCAAAUGAAAAUUAAGAUAAAAAAAAUAUUAUUUCACAAGAAAAACAGGGACAAAAGAAAAAGAAAAUGAGUGUUUCAUAAUAAUCAUAAUAAUAAUAAUAAUAAUAAUAAUAAUCAUAAUAAUAAUAAUAAUAAUAAUAAAUAACAUAAUUUAAUAAUCUUAUUGUAAUAGAUUAAAAUGAUAAAUUAGAAUCUAAUUAAUAACCUAAUUUAUCAAAAUAAUAAACAACUAUGUUGAUGUUACUUUACUAAAUAUAAAAGUAGAAAGCAUAGAAUGCAACAUCUAGGAUGAAUGAAACAAAUGAAUUAUUGACAUAAGUAUUAUUAUUUGCAAGAAAAUUAACAGUUCAUAUAUUGAAAACUUAAUUUAAAACACAUACUUAAAUUGCAGAAGAAUUCUUAUUUGAAUUUGAAUCUUUGAGAAAGAAAAUUUAAAAUGAUAAAGAAAUUUUAGAAGAAGAAUAUGUUUUGGAUGAAGAAAAAGAGAAGGAAGAGAAAAAGUAAGAGGCAAUAAAGAGAAGGAAAGGAAAAAUAUAAAGAGCAUUAAGAUUAAAUUUUGCUACAAGAUAAAUGAAGCAAAUGCCAACAAUAGAUAGAUUAACUCAUCCUGGAGUGUUAUUGGCUAUUAAAGCUAGAGAUUAAUCUCAUUUAUUUAAAAAGGUUGUUGCUUAUUGGCCAGUUAAAAAUGUAUUAAGAACAAUAUCUCAAAUAUAUUUAGAAAAAACAUCUUUUGGAGGUGAAGCUGAUAUGUAAAUUUUUGUAUUUAAUUUCUUUCUUAAUAAAUAUGGUUUUAAACAUGUAGCAGAAAAGAAAUAUUUAUAGUUUCUAUUAUCAGUGAUCCAUUUUAGUCAGAUUUUUAGAGUGAAUUUAUUUGCUAGAUUAUUAUGUCUAUUACAUGAUGAACAUUUGAAUUUUACUUAAGAAGAAUCUGCAUUUCUAUUAUCAGGAUUAGAAUAUAUUCACAGUCAAACUACUCUUGGUGUUAACAUUGUUUAAGGUGAUAGUGAAUCAAAAUUCUAUGUUCCUUAUUUAAGAGCUUUAGAGUAAAUAAUUUAGUAUUAUAUAAUAGUUAUAUAAAAAUGCAUCUAGAAAAUAAAUUAACAGAGGAUGAAAUUAAGGAAUUGCGAGGUGAUUUAGAUAAUCUAAAAGAAAGUGAUUCUAAAAAUAAAGCAGGAAUUGUUGAUUUAGAUUUAUUUAUGUCAAAAGUUCUUGAUAAAUAUAGGAAUGUUACUCAUAGAACAAAAUUAUUUGUAAUUCAUGCUUUUUAAGCAGCUGAUUUAGAUGGUAAUAAAAAGAUUAAUCACAAUGAAUUCUUAACAUUGUUUAGACAUAUAGAAAGUGAUAAAUUUAAUUUCUAAGAAGCAUUAGAUUUAUUCGAUGAAUAAGCAGAUAUUAUUCAUUAAGGUGAAAAGAAUUUAUCAUUUAAUCGAUUCACAUCUGUUUGUGUAAAUUAAUAAAUUUUUACUGAAAAUUCUCUUAAUGAUUUCAUUGGUAAAGAAGCUAAUAUGGAAUAGAUAUUCGAUAAUUUAGUGAAAACAUGGAAUUAAUACAAAUAAGAGAUUUAAGGUUUGUUGACUCAAUUAUAACCAUUUGUUACAUAAGAGAUCUAUUAGGAAUGGGUUAAUAUUUUAUAUACAUUAGAAAAGAGGAUUAUGCAUUAGAAAAAUGAUUACUAAAAUGUGAGACCAAUUCUAAUAGCACAUAAAAUAUUAAAGUUAGAAUUGGCAAGAUUAUUGGAUGAAGAUGAAUAAAAUUAGAAUAAAGAUUGAUUAUAUA